AUGAGUUUGUCUAGUGAGGCAAAAAAACAUCUUCGUGAAUCAUUACAACAACAGCGUCUAAAUCAAAAAUCGGCCGAAUAUAAUGAAGCAAAAAGGCUUUUUACGGGUUUAACGGAUCUUGAUUAUAAACCUGGUCAUAGAGAACAUACAUUUUUUAAAUACUGGCUUGCAUCCAAUGGCCAUACUAAUAAAAAUGAUACUGCACUUUUAGAUGCAUAUCAACCUGAAGAAAUUCAUUCACAAUAUAUAAUUCGGAUAGCAGGAAAAGGUUAUACAGUGAUCGAUCAUCCUAGCGAAGUUUAUAGAAUACCCGAUACCCAUGAAUGUAUCGAUGGGAACCAACCCCUCCGCUUAAUUAUCGAUAUUGAUGCAAGGCAAAAACCAGAUCCUUCCGAUCCUAAACUUCCUUCUCUAGAUAGUGAAAAAAUUAAUUGUGGAGAUUUGAUAUCUAGAAUUUUAGUCGCUUGUACAGAUGCAUUAAGCCUUAUUCCAGGAU